CCGCAGCACACAUCACGCGAUCAAGGCAGUAUAUAGUAUGCAACAUUGUCCUGGCAAGGACCAUCCACGUUGUAAGGAACGCGCAUUCAUUUCUGCAGACCCAUUUUGCCGUUUGGAUGGUCAAGAUCUGCACCACCGGGAUUGAGGACAGCGACUGGUAUUAGUUGCACUGGAAGACAAUGUCCAGCCAUACCAGCAGUCCACAGCUCCAAGACGGACUGAAUCUCUUAGCAGAAUCACAAAUUGAUGGCGCGAUACGUGACGUUCGGCGCAUCUCAGACAGCACAUCGACCGACCUCUCUUGGGAGCAGCGAAUACUCAUCGGGAGAGCAGCCAUAGGGACGUUCGAAGCGACGGGCUUCAUGCGACUGCCUAACCAUAGGGACGAUCGCAUAUUCGUUGUCAAUUCGUUGCAGAGACUUGCGUAUCACGAAGCCGAUGGAAACAGUGUCGCUGAUAUCGCCCAAUGGUGCAUGGAGCAAUGGCUGUCACUAUUGCAGAGGAGCUCGGAGGACUUGGACGCCCUCAGAGGUGUCGGACAAGCAUGGCUAGCCCGUUCCCAAAUCGCGCUUGCACGAAUACAUCGUGUGGAAGGAAGCUCGUCGAGUGGAAGCAGUGGUCGACCACACAGCAUGAGCGAGAGAAUGUCCUACUCAUCGGCAGAGGAAGCUAGAGAUGCAGAGCGAGCGAUCAUGGAAGCGGAUGCCAGAGCACACACGGCGGACUACGUUGAAGCACGUGGCAUGCUCAUCCCAGCGGUUGACUACUUCGUCAGGGCUGUUGAGCUGGCCGACAGGGAUGGCGGAACAACUGGCGAGCUUUUGUCUGAGGCUGCAGAGAUCAACAUGAGUCUCGGCAAUGUGGAAUACUCCCAAAACCAAGAACAAUACUUCACGAGAGCGAUUCGAUACCUACGAAGAGCGUCCCAGAUACAAGAAUUCCGACUAUCUCCCUAUUUGCAGAGCUAUCUCGAUGACUAUGGGCGCUUGAUAGAUUGAGGUGGACCGAGAGAUGGAGGUUCGCUCAACUUUAGAAAAACAGCGCUGGCGCUUAAGGUCUGGGUUUCAUGUAUAGCAUACUUCUCUUCAUUAGAAAGAGCUGAGAGUAUGCGUCGGAAUCGUCAAAAGCAAUCACUUGUGCCUG